ACCAUAUAUAUAUAUAUACAGUAUAUAUAUAUUCAUAUAUAUAUAUAUAUAGUCGGCUGAAGUCAAAACAAGUUGGCUUGUGGGAUCAAAACAUUCACUGAAGUUCAAGAGUGGACUUUUGGGUGUUUAGAAUUAAAAUGAGAAAGAACUUCAUAAAAAUAACUUUUCAAAUUUUGGAUUUUAAAAGUUAAUGCAAAAUCUUCCAUUUUGCUUUUUUAAUAUCAUCAUUUAAAUCAGUGAGAAAGUUUGAGCCCUUUGCAAAUCCAAGUGAAACAUGUUCAACAGAGAGGACAAGAAAAAGCAUUUAACAUUGUUCUGUUUAAUCAAGUUUAACUGCAUUAAAUAAACAUUUCAUGUUCAAAAACAAGCACAGAAACACCACAGAAUGACCGAAAGAUUGAAGUCAUUUGAAAAGCAAAAGCUAAACUAAUUUCCAAGAGGCUCACGUGAGGUUGUCUGAUGUCCAGCAGAUGCAGGUUCCCCAGCAGUGGCAGUGGCUUGGGUGCUGGAAGACACAUGCAUGAGAAGCGUCUCCACUAAAGCCAUAGUUAGAGAGCUCUCCACAACCUCAAGCAGAACAGAUCUGAACAAGUGCUCAACUCUAUCACUUUAUAUAGAUUAUAAUAGUAUUUUCUUUGGCGCCAGCCCUGAAAAAAGUAAUGACAUGACAACAUUAUUGUCAAUUAUUUAUACCUGAAUAACAACACUGAAAAUACUAAUAGUCACUGGAUAGAAAAAAAGUGAAGAGUUAGAGAGCUUUGCGUUUAAGUCUCAUCAUGACAGUCGAUCAUUGUAACACUUUUAUGGACAUUAUUGUUCUUAUAUGGUGUGGACUGUGCUGCGCUGCAACAUAAUCUUGCCACGUUGUGUCUAUCUAUCUUGUUGACUAACAUUAAUAGGAAACUUUAGAACUAAAUGUACCAUACAACAAGCAUGACAUUUCUCUCAAUUUUGUAUAAGCCUGGAAGAAAUUGAGGCUAAAUCAUUUGGUGUCUCUCAGUAAUUUUAAAACACUGAUGCAUGCACUAGAAAAUGAUUUAGUGAUUUGCAAAUGCUUCUAAGGCUGUAUUUUUUAAUGAUAUUUUAUUGUGUGUAGUUUUGUUGUUUAUGUGUAUUUGUAUAACUGGGCCGCCUAUCUUGGCCAGGACACUUCUGUAAAAUAUAUUUUUAAUCUCAGUGAGGAUCUCUCCUGGUUAGUAAAGACUUGAUAAUUACUGGUAAUAAAUACCUUGUUUUUGACUAAAGUUCAUCCUUGAUUUUUUUACCUCUUGGCUCCAUCUGCUACUUUCCAAAGUAUUUAAGAACAAGACUAUACAACCUACGGCAAACCGGAAUUCAUGAUUGAUCUGAGAUAUAUUGUGAUGAUCUCUCUGACUAUGGCUUUAGUGCAGCCACUUUUCAUGCAUGUGUCCAUCACAGGAGCUUUAUUUGCUACUGUGCUGCUGUUUUUGGUUAUUUACCUGUUCUCCAUCAGCUCCAGCUCUCAGGAUGUGGGAAAAUAUCCCCCGGGACUCAAACCGUUGCCACUGCUGGGAAACCUGCACAUGCUCAACCUCAAGAAAACCUACAUGAGCCUUUGGGAGCUGUCAAAACAAUAUGGGUCGGUUUUCACGGUGCACUUUGGCCCCAAAAAAGUGGUGAUAUUGUCAGGAUACAAGGCUGUCAAACAGGCACUAGUGAACCUGUCAGAGGAGUUUGGAGACAGAGAUAUUACACCCAUAAUUCAUGAUUUCAACCAGGGAUUUGGGAUCUCGUUUUCCAAUGGUGAAAACUGGAGGGAAAUGAGACGCUUUGCUCUCGCAAACCUGCGAGACUUUGGAAUGGGCAAGAAAAGAAGUGAACAGAUUAUCACUGAAGAAACGCAAUAUUUAAAAGAGGAAUUUGAGGAGUUUGAAGGAAAACCAUUUGAUACAGCUCAGCCUGUAAACCUUGCAGUUUCAAACAUCAUCUCUACAAUUGUCUAUGGCAGCAGAUUUGAGUACAACAACACUGAGUUACAUCACAUGGUCAGACGAGCUUACACGACCAUGGAGAUGAUUGGAUCAGCAUCAGUUCAGAGAUCAAGUGAAUCAGCGACUCUGUUCCAUUCGGUGAAUCUUCAUUGUACAAUUAAUAACCUGUUUGCUGCUGGUACCGACACUAUGACUACAACACUGUGCUGGGGUCUUCUGCUCAUGGCCAAAUACCCUGAAAUACAAGGUACAACCAUGAGAUUGUGUGAUCGAGUAAUCGGUAGACGUCAGCCAGUGGUGGAAAACAGGAAGAACUUACCAUAUACAGACGCUGUGAUCCAUGAAACCCAGAGAUUUGCAAACAUAGUUUGUGUUGUUUUCAUUUGUGCCUCGGCUGACUUUACGUUCCUCACUGAACUCCUUUCCAGACAGUACAAGGGUCUUCAAUUCACUAAGGACAUUCAUUCCCAUGAUUCCAUCCAAUCCUUUCAUCUCCUGCGCAUCGGGGUUGGACUCUCAGUGAGGCGCACACAGUCUCUUUCAGGCCGCAGGGUUUGUCCUGGAGAGAGUUUGGCCAGGAUGGAGCUCUUUCUGUUCUUCACCUCCCUCCUUCAGCAUUUCCGCUUCACUCCUCCUCCAGGAGUGUCUGGAGAUGAGCUGGAUCGCAUAAACAUAAACGCCUUCAGUCUGUUUAAUCUUCAGUCACAUUUUGUUGAAAGACCAUCUCUUAGCUCUGAUGAAGUAGAAUUGAACAGGGAUACGGUAGUUAAGGUAAAGAUAGGGGGUAAUUGGUUCAAGGCUCUGGUUGAUUCCGGCUCAAGUCAAACCCUUGUCAGAAGUGAAUGUUUGGGGGAGCAGAGCAGUCUAAUACAGGGCAAGCUGAGGGUUCGCUGUAUCCAUGGCGACGUAAGAGAGUAUCCUGAAACUGAUCUUGUGGUUGAGAUUGAAAACCAGUCAUAUGUCUUGUCGGUUGGUAUUGUGGAACAGGCUCCCUAUCCAGUUAUUUUAGGCAGAGAUGUACCAAUAUUGGUAGACCUCUUGCAGUGUGACAAGGAGUUAGCUGAGAUGAGAGAAAAGAUGGACUUGCUGGUCGAGAUGGUACAGUUUAACAUGGCUGAGGCACAACAACGACAAAAAACUUGGUAUGACCGGUCAUCUAGAAAGAGGACAUUGGUCCCAGGUCAGAAGGUCUUGCUACUUCUCCCGACAUCGGACACCGGGUUGCUAGCCAAGUGGCAAGGGCCAUAUGAGGUACGACGGAAGGUGAGCCCUACCAACUAUGAGAUCUCUUUGCCUGAUCGUCGUAAAAAGUCUCAAGUCUUCCACAUUAACCUCUUAAGGUCUUGGCAUGAAAGCAAGGGGUCUUUGUCUGAUCAGCUAUGGGCAAGAGCGGUGGAGGAGGAAGAGGAACUGGAGGAGCAGUAUUUCCCCACUGGUCAAAAGUGUAAUCCGUAA